GCGUUUAAAGCGGCCCAAUUUCAUCCCUGGGAACUGAACUGCAGAAGUGAAUCAGAGGGCGGGAAAAAGGAAAAUACUGCAGAAUUAGGGCACAAUUCUCUUCUGCGUUCCCCUUUUUUCAGUUCCACGGAAAUCAGUCUCCCGACGACUUUUGUCUAAUAUCUUCGUCUGCCACUGAUUUGAGCAACUUUGGCAGUCGAUCGAAGCUUCAAAUGUCGGGCAGAAAGGAAACAGUUUUGGAUUUAGCGAAAUUCGUGGACAAGGGUGUCCAAGUCAAACUAACUGGUGGAAGACAAGUGACUGGAACUCUGAAAGGGUAUGACCAAUUGCUGAAUCUUGUUCUGGAUGAAGCGAUAGAAUUUCUUAGAGAUCCAGAAGAUCCGCUGAAGACUACUGACCAGACCCGUCGCCUUGGCCUCAUAGUUUGCCGCGGAACUGCUGUGAUGCUUGUUUCCCCAACAGAUGGCACAGAUGAAAUCGCCAAUCCAUUCGUCCAGCCUGAUGGGGCUUAGAACUUUUCUCUAACAUAGUUUCUUGCGAUGCCCCAGCUUGUCAGCAUGGUUAAAAUCACGACUUUAUGUGAUCAUCUUCGUGUACUGUCUGGGCAAUCAUUAGUUACAAGGAUGAUUUGUCUUAAACCACUUGACUUACCUAUGAAGUAGAUUCUAUGGCAGUGAUUAAAAACAUAAUCAAUUGUGUUGAUUCUCUCCUGUGAAGUAUAUGUCUGGAUGUUUAUGAGGGGAACUAGGUUUUGGUGGA